AUGCGGGCAAAGCCGUGGGUGACAACGGAGAUUGAGACGAGGACCGACAAACCAGCGGGGGCAUUCUGCGCGCGAGAGCAGUUUGAAGAGCAUACUCUGCUGCCCAAGCACGGCAACUCCUGUCGACUAACGCCGGUGCAGCUAGCGCGCGUUUUCUCGACUGUGCAGCUAGCGCUUCCAGCUUUAUUGUACAAGAUCUUUGCUGUCGACUUGGCCAGACGCGCUAUUGCACAAGCUCCACGUACCGGAUGUGCGGUGCGGCCUUCGCUCAGCAGCAUGUUGGCUGUCCCUGAGGAAGAUAAAUUAACUCAACUAAAUAAUAAUAGGACGGAGAUUGAGACGAUGACCAAAAAAUCAGAGGAAGCAUUCUCCGCGCCCGAGCACUUUGAAUACCAUGCUCUGCGAGCCCAAGCACGGCAACUCCUGUCGACUAACGCCGGUCCAGCAACCCCGCGUUUUCUCGAAUGUGCAGCUUUGGUGCACGUUGUGAGUGACAGCGACCAGCAGCACCACGCCCGAAUAUUAUUGGACAAAGGUAGCGCUUCCAACUUUAUUGUACAAGAUCUU